AUGGCGGAAAGCUUGAGGACUGGAGGUUCAGCUGCGUUUGCUGAAGUGAUAAAUGUUACAAAUAAUUUUCAAUUCAGCCGAGAAAUUUUAAAAUCUAGCGAGAACGGCGUGUCACCAAGCUACUUCAAUCACCCCCGCCCACUCCGAUCCCCGUCUUCAUCGCUAACGAUCAAUGGAGACAUUAUUCUCUGCUUGAGUGCUAAGACGUGUAAAGAGAAGCUUGGUGCAUUCAGGAAAAACCUGAAGAAGCUUCCACUUGAAUUUGUGUACAUAACUGCACCAAAUAAAAUUCCAGCAGAAAAUAGUGGUGAUGUUGCUUCUUCAAAUGAAGAUGAAUAUGGUUGGUGGUUUUCAGCAGAAGAUAACACAUAUGACCCUCUCAGUUCUUCUGAUGUCUCAAAAGGUUUUGAUGAAUCUAUUGAACUAGUCAAGGCAACCUUCACAAACCAGGGGCAAUUUGAUGGUGUUCUUGGGUUUAGUCAAGGUGCAUGUUUCCUAUCAAUUCUCUGUGCAUUAAGUGAACAAGGUUCUUUGAGUUUUAAAUUUGCCAUUCUUGUGGCCGCGUUCAAGUCAAGAUCUUCAGGACACAGCUUAUACUACACAGAACCCAUCACAUGCCCCACCCUGCAUGUUUUUGGUGAUACAGACAGAGUCAUACCUAAGGGCCAUUUCGUCCCUACGCAAGCUCCCCAAAAGAAGGUCUACAUAGAGUUUCUGGAGCAGUUCAUUAAGAAGACUUAACAAGUGUUACGUUCUCGCCGUAAAAUGUAGCCACACCGGGUACUGUCAGGUGUUGUCCUCGAACAAUUUUUGUGUUAUGCAGCAAAGAAAAGAAAGAAAAGAAUUUCGAAUUUUUAGUCUGCGUAGCUAACGUUCGCCAUGGUUGGACGCGUUCCCGGAAAAUUUUAGUUAUGACUUCCAGGUCAAUCCUGUGAGAAUGAGAGGUCAAUGCAUUGUUUUUCGUGGUUUGACUGAUUAUUUUAAACUCUCUUUAUCUUCAAAGUUCCUGUCAAAGAUAUCUUAAGCUGUCUGAGGGGAAGUUGCAAAGAGUCUGCCCUAGAAUACGAAAGUUAUGAUUGAAGUUAUACGUUCUUUAGCCUUGACCCAGGGAAAAAAGACUGAGAGGUGUUCCUCCUAAAAAAGGAGGAGAAAACAUGUCAUUAAAGAUAGUUAUAAACGACAGUUACCAAUGGUGUCGACGGUUUAUGUUUGUCACAUAUUCACAAUGAUAAUAAAAUGGAGAAAAAUA